UCCGACUCUGAUUGUGUGCAGUGAGAUGUCUCCGGAGCCUACGCAACUCGACAAGGGCGAUAAGUGCGUAACUUUUAGUUUCUUGCGGGUCUACAUUUCAUAUCUUCAAGAUUUUUUUUAUCGUUACGUUUCUUGACGAAUCAGUAUUUUAGAGGUAGCCCGCGCCACAGGAAAACCCGGUGGAAACAAAACAGUUCUCAGUCGCCUACAUUUUUGUGAGAUUUUCGUUAAAAAAAAACUAAAAAAAAACUCUGGUUCCGAUCCUAUAUAAGACAUCAAUGAAAAAUCCUUGGCUUAAAUUGACUAACUCCUUUUAUAUUGUUUGGCGAGGAUAAACCGAACACGUCUUUGGAUUGCGGACUUGCAUCUUUUUUACUGACCGAAAUUCAGAGAAGUCGUCAAGGGCUCGCGGACAAAGAAUAGGGCUACAUCCCAGGAUACGAUAAGUUUUCAUCUACACUCAUUUGCCUUUUCUUGGGUGUAUAGGCAGACAACAUGGACAAAAGACCAACAUAAUCUAAAGGACGUUUACUUAUCGGACUUGGUGAACAUAGAAUCAUAGCGUCGAAGAAAGUUUUUUUUCUGCUUAUCUUGAGGCAUAUUGUUUAUAAAGUGUUUUUGAUUGCCGUGUAGCCUAUAGGAUAACAACAAACUAUCGGCUUCAUCACCAUCUACUAAAUUGUUUUUGUUUCGCAAUGUUGUGACUACAACAUUUAAACCAUUCUGAGUAAAACUGUUAUUUGAACUGUGUCAGUCUCAGAUGUGGUCAGUGUUACGACCAACGGGUACACGGCCCAGCUGACCGUGAGACAAAACAAGUAGUUAGUUUUUGACUCCGACCCGAAAACGGUUCGUUUAUAAUACGGAUAUUUUGCCCGACAUCAUGGAGCUCACAUCCAGGCGCUGUGCCUUCAUUUGGUUUAUCCUGUCGGCGUGCAUUCUUCUGUCUUGUGGUGAGGAAGAAGUUCUGAUGAACACCAAGACGGAGAUGUCCGACCUCCGAUGGACCGUCUACUCCCAUGCCGGACCCGAGUGGGAGGAGGUGAGCGGCCACGACGAGGAGAACAACAGCGUGCGGACCUAUCAGAUCUGCCAGACGGUAGGCUCGGCCAGCCACUGGCUGCGCAGCCGGCUGAUCGGGCGGCGGGAGGCGUCGCAGGUGUACGUGGAGCUGCGCUUCACCAUGAUCGAGUGCUCGUCCAGGGACACGCACAGCCCCAGCUGCAAGGAGACCUUCAACCUGUACUACUACCAGGCCGACUCUGACGAGGCCACGCCCACGCACCCGGCCUGGAUGGAGAACCCUUACACCAAGGUGGACACGGUAGCGGCGGACUUCCUGCUGAGGAAGGGCGGAGAGAAGAAGUUCAACGUGAAGACUCUGCGCCUGGGUCCUCUGACCAAGAGAGGCUUCUACCUGGCCUUCCAGGCCCAGGGGGCCUGCAUGGCCCUGCUCUCGGUGCGGGUCUUCUUCAAGAAGUGUCCCACCCUGGUCAGCGCCCUGUCCUCCUUCCCCCAGACGGUGCCCCGCACCCUGGUCCAGGAGGCGCAGGGCGUGUGCGUGGAGCACGCCACCCAGCAGGGGCCCCGCCCGCGGGCCCCCAAGCUGUUCUGCGGCGAGGACGGCCAGUGGGUGGGCCAGCCCACCACGUCCUGCAGCUGCGAGGCCGGAUACGAGGCGGCGGACGGCCACACCCGCUGCACAGCCUGCCCCCUGGGGCAGUUUAAGGCAGCUCCAGGUGGCCUGUGCUCGGCCUGUCCAGGGUUCAGCCACGCCGUAGUGACCGGGUCCUCCGCCUGCUCCUGUCGCCCUGGAUACCUCCGAGCUGAGUCAGACAGCCCAGACACUCCGUGCACCAGGCCCCCCUCGGCCCCCCGCAGCGUCAGCACCCAGAUCAACGACACCACCGUCACCCUGGAGUGGAGCGAGCCCCUGGACAGCGGCGGCCGCAGCGACCUCACCUACUCCCUGGAGUGUUCCCUGUGCGGGGCCCCCAGGGGCCCCUGCUCACCCUGCGGGGACAGCGUGAGCUACCGGCCCGCCCAGCGAGGCCUGCUGGGCCGCUCGGUGGUGGUCUGCCUCCUGCCGCACACCACCUACACCUUCUCCAUCCAGGCCCUCAACGGGUCUCCCAGCAGAGCGGCAAGGCCUCCGACCAGCGACAGCGUCAACAUCACCACCAGCCACGACGUGCCCGUGCUGGUGUCCACGGUCAGGAAGACGGUGUCUACUGAGAGCAGUCUGACUCUGCACUGGUCUGUGCCAGCUCAGCCCCACUACACCAUCCUGCAGUAUCAGCUCCGCUACUGUGAGAAGGAGCGGCGUGGCGAGGAGCAGUCGUGUCGCUACAGGGAGAGCGACAGUAACCAGGUGGUGUUGAGCGACCUGCGGCGGGCCACCCAGUACGAGGUGCAGGUCCGCGCACGCACCAUGGCCGGCUACGGCAGCUUCGCGGCAGCCUCCUUCCGCACCCUGCCUGACGUGGACGAUGACUCCUCCCAGCUCCUGGUCACAGGGGUGCUGAUCGCCAUGGGGAUGUUGCUGCUCAUCACUGUCAUCACUGUGGCUGUCUACUGUAUACGGAGACACAGCAGAAUGAAGGACCCAGAGCUAAGUGACAAAAACAGCCAGUACCUCCUCGGCCAAGGGGUCAAAGUGUACAUCGACCCCUUCACCUACGAAGACCCGAACGAGGCGGUGCGGGAGUUUGCCAAAGAAAUCGAUGUCUCCUUUGUCAAGAUUGAGGAGGUCAUUGGAGCAGGUGAGUUUGGAGAGGUGUGCCGGGGCAGGCUGAAGGUCCCAGGGAAGAAGGAGAACUAUGUGGCCAUCAAGACUCUGAAGGGAGGCUACACGGACAAGCAGAGGCGGGACUUCCUGUCCGAGGCGUCGAUCAUGGGCCAGUUCCAGCACCCCAACAUCAUCCACCUGGAGGGCAUCAUCACAGCCAGCUGUCCAGUCAUGAUCCUCACCGAGUUCAUGGAGAACGGAGCGCUGGACUCCUUCCUACGGCUGAAUGACGGUCAGUUCACGCCCAUCCAGCUGGUGGGCAUGCUGCGGGGCAUCGCCUCGGGCAUGAAGUACCUGUCGGAGAUGAGCUACGUCCACCGCGACCUGGCCGCACGCAACAUCCUGGUCAACAGCAACCUGGUGUGCAAGGUGUCCGACUUCGGCCUGUCCCGCUUCCUGCAGGAGAACUCCUCUGACCCCACCUACACCAGCUCUCUGGGCGGCAAGAUCCCCAUCCGCUGGACAGCGCCCGAGGCCAUCGCCUUCAGGAAGUUCACCUCGGCCUCCGACGCCUGGAGCUACGGCAUCGUCAUGUGGGAGGUCAUGUCCUUCGGGGAGCGGCCCUACUGGGACAUGAGCAACCAGGAUGUGAUCAACGCCAUAGAGCAGGACUACCGCCUGCCCCCGCCCCCAGACUGCCCCACCCACCUCCACCAGCUGAUGCUUGACUGCUGGCAGAAGGAGCGCUCGGCCCGCCCCCGCUUCGCCGCCAUCGUCAGCGCCCUGGACAAGCUGAUCCGCAACCCCGCCUCUCUGAAGAUCGUGGCCCAGGAGGGAGCAGGGCCGUCCCACCCCCUGCUGGACCAGCGCGCCCCCCCUGCGCCCUCUUCCUGUUCCUCGGUGGGGGAGUGGCUGAGGGCCAUCAAGAUGGAACGCUACGAGGAGAGCUUCCUGCAGGCCGGCUUCACCUCUGUUGACCUCCUGGCCCAGAUCACCACUGAGGACCUGCUGCGUCUGGGCGUGACCCUGGCGGGCCAUCAGAGGAAGAUCAUCUCCAGCGUCCAGACCCUGACCAUGAGCAGCAAGAACCACCCCGGGGUCCUCCGCUUCUAACCCCCCUCCCCACCCCCCACCUCUCCUCCGCCCUCCUGGCCUCGGCCCCUGACUGUGACACAGACACCAGCACACCUCCAUGUCAACAAACAGACCCCCGCUGCCAUACAUGGAGUCCCUUAAAGAAAUGGGGGCGCAGCUUUGUUGACGCUACAGAGACCCACGUUUUUCGUCCCUCCAGCCGAGGGGGGGGGGGAGGGGGGAGCAGGCCGGCUGUCACCUGAUGCUGGAGGAGGAGGAAGAGGAUGUUUUCCAUCUCCGCCCUCCCUUUCCACUCCCAGCUCCUGGCGAAUGUUUGACUGUGGUCCCGCCCUGGAGCGACAUGGAUCAGAACCGGUGUUGUUUUUUAAGGACUGUCGCUUUCAUAGUUGGUGUACAGCAUGGUGGGGGACGAGUCUGUGGGCUGAGGUGACACUUCCUGUUGUUGUGGCAUGCAUUAGGCCACGUGGAUUGCUCUGCUCUGAAAUGGUGGACAGGCAAACUGUUUAAGUCGGAAGGUUAAACAGUUGGAAGGUUCUAGAACCUUCCGCCUUUUAUAAGAAGGUUCUGGACUGCAAUCACAGUUUUUUCAGCAGACCUUGGGAUUGGACUUCUAUUUGCGUUUGCUUUCAGAAUGACCUGGUUCUUUCCUCGGGGUGUCACGGCAACGCGGGCCAGCCGUCCACCUGUCAUCCUCCCAGUCAGAGGCAGUCUGGGCCUCUAACUGGCCCAGUUGUGUGGGAGGAGGAGAGAGGGACUGAGAAAUAUUAGCACUUUGUCUGUUUCAGAGAGAAGCUGUUGGCCAGAGAGAGGGAGGCGGGGUCUCUCCCAGGCUCCGCCCCCUCCUUCUCUCUGCAGGACUUCCUAUGUUUCUCUUGGAGUAUGGUUGGCCAUUUCCACUUCCUGUCUCUCUGCUGGACCGAGGCAGCUAAUUUCCACACAGUCUGACUGAACAAGGAGCCAGUGGAGGACAGAGACCAAGAGAGCACUGUUCAAUCUCUUUUCUACAGAAACUUUUCUGGGGAAAACUCACAGCCUCGUUGUUUGAAUGGAUGCUAUUGUAAGUGGUCUGUUCUUUUCAAACUUGUCUUCUUGCCUGAGUGCCAUUCAACUUAUUGGUAGACUAAAAAGCCUGUUUUAUAAAGCAGAUUUAUCUAAGGAAAAUGUCCUUUAAACUUGCCACUUCAGAUGAUUAUGUUUCACCUUUCAAGAGAUUGUUUAGCCCCUCAAAGGACUAUGGGAAAUGCAGUCUUCACAUUGAGGAUCUGUGGAAUAAAAACAGGGACCUAUCUUUUAUAAAGUCUCCUUUUAAUUAAUGUAUAGAUAUAAGUAUGAUCUUGAUCCCUGUCCCAUCUGAGUGUAUUCUGUAUUCUGUUCAGUCACAAUAAAGAUACACGCCAGUGUUUAUCACCCAGAA